AUGGAGGUCAGCUAUGGUGUCACCUCCAGGGACUCUGAACAGAACGCUGUCUUCCCCUUUUUCUACCAAAUGGUCCCCAAAGAAGAGAUCCUCUAUCCAGGGAUUGUCCACCUCCUCCAGCAUUUUGGCUGGACCUGGAUUGGUCUCUUUGCUCCAGACAACGACAACGGGGAAAGGUUCAUGCGUACCCUGAAGCCUCUGCUCAGCUCUCAUGGCAUCUGUGUGGCCAUCUCACAGCCCCUCCCGGAAAUGACUGUGCCCAAAGUGACGGUCACCUCCGUCUUCCUUUCCCUAUGGAGACAAGUUAAAGUAUUUGUCCUCUAUGGGGAGAACCGAUCCAUCCUUGGUGGAAUAUUCCUUGUGAAAAGGUUACUUGAACACAUGCUGGACUCCACUCUGGGGAAAGUCUGGAUCACCACUGCAUUGUGGGAUCUCAGCUCAGUCUUUUCCAUGGGUGCCUCCAAAUCACAGCAGAGCCAUUGGUUCUUUUCCUUUGCAAUCCAGAUGAAGAAGAGGCCAAAAUAUGAAGAGGUGGAUAGAAAACACUUCUUUUCUUACCAGGUGGAGCCUUUUUCCUGCACUUAUUCAAAACACGAGCGCUCUGUGAAGGGACGAAGGAGGUGCAAACAGAAAGGGGAGAUGCCUCUGAAUGUGCUUGAGCACAGCCUGACCCCGGACAGCUACAGUGUUUACCACAGUGUCCGGGCUGUAGCUUCUGCUGUCCAUGCAGCAAUGUCAUCCACAUCCAAGCGCAUGAGAAGACGCUUCAGAACAGACUAUUUGGGCUUUCCAGAACUGCAUCCAUGGCAGCUGGAUCCAUUCCUGAGGAACUUCAGUGUUUACAACUCUUCCAUGGAUGGGGUGCAUGUGGAUGAGAACAGAGAACUGUCAGCCAACUUUGACAUUCAGGGCACAAUAGUGUGGCCCAACAACAGCAUUGAGAAAAUGAAAUUUGGGAGUGUAGAGAGGCAGGAAUCGCUGGACCAAAGACUCACCAUUGAGGAGAGCGCCAUCAUGUGGCUUGCAGGGGCUAACAUGAGCCUCCCUGGUUCGAGAUGUGUGGAGAGCUGCCGCCCGGGGUUUGUCAAGGCAAUUCGUGAAGGGGAGCUUAUCUGCUGCUAUGACUGCCCUCCCUGCCCAGAAGGGACCAUCUCUACUCAAGAAGAUGCAGCUUCAUGCACCGAAUGCCCACCAGAUCGGCAUCCAAACAAGGACCAAAAUCGAUGCGUCCCCAAGGACAUCAGCUUCCUGUCCUACGAGGAAUCUCUGGGGAACAUCCUGGUGUCCAUUGCCCUCCUCUUGUCCAUAACCACGUGCAUUGUUUUUGGGGUCUUCAUUAAAAACCAAGAAACUCCCAUCGUCAAAGCCAACAACCGGGACCUCUCCUACGUUCUCCUGGUCUCUCUCUUGCUUUCCUUCUUGUCCUCUUUCCUCUUCAUUGGCCAGCCAAGUGAAGCAACCUGCCUUCUUCAACAAGUAGCCUUCAAUGUCAUCUUCUCAGUAGCUGUCUCUACCCUUUUGGCCAAAACCAUCACUGUGGUGCUGGCCUUCCUGGCCACAAGGCCUGGGAACAGGGUGAGGAGGUGGCUGGGGAAGACCUUGGCCUACAUCAUUGUCCUUUCCUGUUCCUCCAUCCAGGUUCUCAUCUGCUCCUUCUGGCUGGGCCUUUCCCCUCCAUUCCUGGACUCCGACAUGCACUCCCAGCCUGAGGAGAUCAUCUUGAAGUGUAACCAAGGGUCAACGGCCAUGUUCUGUGCUGCUCUGGGCUACCUGGGCUUCCUGGCCGGAGUCUGCUUCAUGGUGGCCUUCCUGGCCCGGAAGCUGCCAGGGUCCUUCAACGAGGCCCAGCUGAUCACCUUCAGCAUGCUGGUCUUCUGCAGUGUCUGGGUCUCCUUUGUGCCCACCUACCUGAGCACCAAGGGGAAGUACAUGGUGGCCGUGCAGGUCUUCUCCAUCCUGGCCUCAGGUGCUGGGCUCCUUGUAGGUAUCUUCCUCCCCAAGAGCUACAUCAUUCUCCUCAGACCAGACCUGAACACAAAGGAGCACCUGAAGAACUAAAACAUGGC